ACCACGCUUUCCAGAUGGAGCCCUAGGGCGCUGACUGCUCCCCAGUUUCCGUAGGAAAGCGCCAGGCUACCACAGCUAUUGUGCCCUAGCGCUGUCGCCCUCCUCUUCCUGCUGCCGUUGUCGUGUUUUUGGAGAGAGCUGUUUCCUUGCCGCUGGGUUUAACCCUUUAAGCACCAAACCCAGCCCGCCGGCCCCCCCGGAACGAGUAGGUGGUCUUUGCAGCUGCCGAGUUGUGGGCUACGAGUCCCGAAGACCCGAGGAAGAUAGCCGAAGGGAGCCCGUGUUCUCGGUCUGUCUCGGGGUUAGGGCUCGGCCUGAGUGAAACAGUGGCAUUGGCUUUAAGAAGGGGGAGGGGAGACACAGUUCGCCAGCAGAGCCAGGGAAGGAAGCCUCGGCUGGCUUGGGAGCACAGAGGGGCGGCCCCUGCGCCCGCGCUCUCCCCGCCUCCACCCUGGGCUGCCGAGGAGUCAGCGCUGCGCUUCAGGGAGGCGAUGACCAGGGGGCGUGCUGCUUACUAGGCUGCACCCUGCCGGCGUCAGAAGGCGUUGGUAAGCAUUCCCGGUCACCCGCAGCCACCACCGGACUACGCGCUUCUGCUACACACCAGCGGGCGCUACCAAGAGUUUCAUUGGAACAGUCCCUCCAAUAUCAUAACCAUGGGGCAUCCCCCGCUGGAGUUCAGUGACUGCUACCUCGACAGCCCCGAUUUCCGCGAGAGGCUCAAGUGUUACGAGCAGGAGCUGGAGAGGACCAAUAAAUUCAUCAAAGACGUGAUCAAAGACGGCAGCGCGCUUAUCAGCGCUAUGAGAAAUUACUCUUCUGCGGUUCAGAAAUUUUCCCAGACACUGCAGUCAUUUCAGUUUGAUUUCAUCGGGGACACUCUGACCGAUGAUGAGAUUAAUAUUGCUGAAUCAUUCAAGGAAUUUGCUGAAUUGCUCAAUGAAGUAGAAAACGAGAGGAUGAUGAUGGUACAAAAUGCUAGUGACUUGCUGAUAAAACCCCUGGAAAGUUUUCGGAAGGAACAAAUAGGUUUUACAAAGGAGAGGAAGAAGAAAUUUGAAAAGGAUGGUGAGAGGUUUUACUCAUUACUGGACCGGCACUUACAUCUGUCAUCCAAAAAGAAAGAAUCUCAGUUGCUAGAGGCAGACCUCCAAGUGGAUAAGGAAAGGUACAAUUUCUUCGAGUCCUCUCUUGAUUAUGUCUAUCAAAUCCAGGAAGUUCAAGAGUCCAAGAAGUUCAAUAUUGUGGAACCAGUCUUGGCCUUUCUUCACAGCCUCUUCAUUUCCAACAGCUUGACUGUGGAGCUCACACAGGAUUUCCUCCCAUAUAAACAGCAGCUGCAGCUCAGUUUACAGAAUACAAGAAAUCAUUUCUCCAGUACCCGAGAAGAGAUGGAAGAACUUAAGAAAAGGAUGAAAGAAGCUCCUCAGACAUGCAAACUUCCAGGACAGCCAACCAUUGAAGGCUAUCUGUAUACACAGGAGAAAUGGGCUCUGGGGAUAUCCUGGGUGAAAUACUACUGUCGGUAUGAGAAAGACACCAGGACACUCACCAUGACACCAAUGGAACAGAAGCCAGGUGCUAAGCAGGGGCCCAUGGAUUUAACUUUGAAAUACUGUGUGAGAAGAAAGACAGAGUCAAUUGACAAGAGGUUCUGUUUUGAUAUAGAAACGAAUGAAAGACCAGGAACCAUCACUCUGCAGGCGCCUUCAGAAGCAAAUAGAAGGUUAUGGAUGGAAGCCAUGGAUGGGAAAGAACCUAUCUACCACAGCCCUAUAACAAAACAGGAAGAAAUGGAGCUGAAUGAAGUGGGGUUCAAGUUUGUUAGGAAGUGCAUCAAUUUUAUUGAGACCAAAGGGAUCAAGACAGAAGGGUUAUACCGCACAGUGGGCAGCAACAUCCAGGUUCAGAAGCUGCUUAAUGCCUUUUUUGAUCCAAAAUGCCCAGGAGAUGUGGAUUUUCAUAACAGUGACUGGGACAUUAAGACAAUCACAAGCUCCUUAAAAUUCUACCUCAGGAAUCUUUCAGAGCCUGUCAUGACUUAUAAGCUUCACAAAGAGCUUGUCUCUGCUGCCAAAUCUGACAACCUGGAUUACCGUCUGGGGUCUAUUCACUCCCUAGUAUAUAAGCUACCAGAGAAGAACCGGGAGAUGCUGGAACUGCUAAUCAGACACCUGGUAAAUGUGUGUGAGCACAGCAGAGAGAAUCUUAUGACACCUUCCAAUAUGGGGGUGAUCUUUGGGCCCACCCUGAUGAGAGCUCAAGAGGACACUGUGGCUGCUAUGAUGAACAUCAAAUUCCAGAACAUUGUGGUAGAAAUCCUGAUUGAACACUUUGGCAAGAUAUAUUUAGGUCCACCUGAGGACAGCCAAGUACCUCCAGUGCCUCCACCUCGGGUGACAGCAAGAAGGCACAAACCAAUCACAAUCUCAAAGCGUUUGCUGAGAGAAAAGACAGUGUUCUACACUUCUUCCCUGGAUGAAAGUGAAGAUGAAACCCAGCGUCAAACUCCUAAUGGUACAAUCACUAGCAACCUGGAUCCCCCCAAGCUACCGCAGCACCUCAAACUACCCAUUCAGAAAAGUGGGGAAACUGACCCUGGAAGAAAGUCUCCGAACAGACCUGUUUCUGACUGCCAAUCAGAGCCCUGCUCAGAGGUGGAUGUGGGGAAGUUGGUAUUUAGGAUGCAGGAUGGAGGGACCAAGGCUACUCCAAAGGCAACCAAUGGACCUGUGCCAGGCUCUGGUCCCACAAAGACCCCCUCUUUCCAUAUAAAGAGACCAGCUCCCCGACCAGUGGCUCACCACAAGGAAGGAGAUACUGACUGUUUCAGCAAAGUUCGGCCCCCAGGAGAAAAGCAAACAAUCAUCCGUCCUCCCGUGAGGCCCCCAGACCCUCCUUGCCGGGCCAGUACUUCACAAAAGCCAGAACCAAAGCCAGAUACUGUGGCUGGCAAUGCAGGGGAAAUCCCAUCAUCUGUGGUUGCAUCCAGGACCAGAUUCUUUGAAACAGCAUCCCGGAAAACUGGAAGUUCUCAAGGAAAACUUCCUGGAGAUGAGAGCUGAGGCCACAGGUUUGAAAGGACUUGGCCUUGAGGGACCCUUUCGAGGUUGUAAAAGGGUCUACUUCAGACCCUUGUGAGCUAUUUGGUAGUGAAGAGCAGCUCAUUUCUGGCCUUGUACCUUCAGUGUCUGGGAAGUCAUAAAAUAAGGAGCACAUGUCUUAGACAUGUGUUUGUUUCUCCUUUGAAUGCUGUCUUCACCUUCCCAGAAUGUCUGCUGUGAGCCGUUCCUAGGACACUGGAUGGCUGGAUUCUCUUAAGCUCCAAACUCUACUGAAGUGAAAUUACCCAUUGACCUGUAUUGAAUAGGGGAACCUAGUUUUCCCUACUUCUCUGAACUUACUGUUUCCUCAAAGGUCAUCGGACUCUGAAUGAUUCAGGGUUAAAGACUGAUCUUAGGGGUGUCUCACUCUGAUCUAAAGGCCACUUGAGUUGGGGCCAUUGUUUACCGUAUUUGGAAGGGAGGAGGGAUGUUAGCUGAACUUUGGAAAAUGUGUCAUGUCUCUUCCUGAGGAUAUGAACACUGACUAGUACCAGAUUGGCACUAUGGUACCAUGAUGUGUUAAUGAAAUCUGGUGGGGCCAGACUGCAUGAAUGAUUCCCACCCAGUGUCUUUCCCCAGGAUGGAUUUAGGAAGGUAGCCUUUCUGCUUUUGCCUCCAGCCUCUGAGGACAAAUCUGCUAAGCAUGUUUUGCAUGUCAAAGCCUAGGCCUGUCUGGAUUUUCCUUUUGCCUACUUCACCCAAUAGCUUCCUUUCCAACAAUCAACAAAUAAAACAAAACAGAAAACGUUUCUGUAAAAAAGGGUCAAAUGUUAGGAAACAUUUUUAAGACUGACUGAAUCCAAGGAAUUGUUGCCAUUGCUUCUUAUUUGCCUCUAGCUUACAUGCUCUUUUAUUUCCUGAAAAACAAGCAAACAAACACAACUACAAACAAACAAAACCAGAUCAUAGCCAAGUGCCUGUGGAUUCUGGAACUCCAUGAUGCCCCCAAGAUGACAUACACAGUUCCAUGAAGGUACUGCCUUUUCUGAGCAGAUGGUUCAUAACAUUCUACUGGAUUUCAAAUGGGACUGCAACCCAAUAAAGGUUAAGAACCACAGCCCUUGAGAUAAAAGACUCUUUACAGCCCAUAAAGGGUUGAAUUAGAAGGAACUUUCAAACGCAUUUAUACUAACAACAGCUUAGUUUACAUGAAGAGCAAGUUAGCAACCACAAGAGGACGAGAUCCCAGGUGUCUGAGCUCCUACAUAAGGUUCUUUUUAGUACAGCACAUUUCUCUAGCAAGGGACCUUGUAGGUGGUGGCUUUAAUGGCUCUUUGGGGAGGUAUUGGCUUUUAUCCUGUUUCUUGAGCCUCUCAUAUUUGCCAGCAAGUAGAAACUUACAAGAUGUAAGCCUCUGGUCCUUUCAUUACUGCUGGAGUCAUUUAAAGUGCACUAACGUAAAAGGCUUGCAGAAGUAUGAAAUCUGAGGAAUAGACACUUUUGAGCCCUGUUUUUCAGAUUGUUGGUGCUUCUGUUUCUGUGCAGAUGCCUGGGGCACGGCCUCUGAGGCUUGCAGGGCUCUUAUUGAGCUCUGGUCUUAGAGCUCUAUCAUCUUUGUUAAUGAGGGAAAAGCAAGUAUAUGUGUAGAACUUGGUCACAGGAGUGGGUUAGUAGGGUUUCAGAAUGAUGAAAGAUUAUAAAGACAGUUCGAAUCUUGUUUGCCUGUGGUGAAAUACCCUGGUAAACACUAAAAAUAUUAGAAUAUUAUUGACAGACAGGGAAAGACUGGAAUCUCAAUGGAAGAAGUAUAUCUAGAAACUUUACUGUGUUACCUCGGACAUGGAUGAAAAGUCAGCUGGGAAAGGUGAGGCCAUCAAUUUUGGAGGUCAGGGAGCAGUUGAUGGGGCAGUUCUACCUCUGCAUCAACUCCAUUUGGAGAAAGAAACAAGUAUCUCCUUUGACAAUCUGCUUUAAAGAACAAAAUUUCUGUGGUGAAGCAUAUGCCAUGAUUGGCAUGGCCUAUGCUCAAAAGAGGGGAUCUGGAGACGUGAUAUGUGAGUAGUAACUGAGGAAUAUUAGCAGCAACCCUAACAAGUAGGUGAGAGAACUGUUUUAAGUCGAUAGGGACAGCAAAAGUGCUACCACUUAUUAAGCACCCACUGAGUACGAGGUACUUCCAAUAACUAAUCUUUCAACCUUGUAACAAUCGUGGAAGUACUCUUUUUGUACAGAUUAAGAAGGUACUCAGGUGUGGUGUUACUGGCUCUAGUACACAGACAUAGUGACCAUUAGAAGUGUGGUUUCCAUCCAAACCUCUCUGAGUGUGUACCCUGUGCAGUUUUCCCUAUGGCUUUCAGAGGCAGGUAUUUAAACAGAGGGCACAUUACUGGAGGUGGGUUGACUCUUGACUCCCGUGUGCCUAACUGACAAGGAAAGGACAGCAGUGAGGGGAAAGAAGCAGGGCGAGUUCACUUCAAAAGGGAGUGGGUUUUCUUUUCGCUCUGAGCUGAUCCAAUUCAUAAUAUGUUUUAAAAGAUCAUGCAACCUCACUUUGUGCAGUGAAGAAUUCCUUACAGUCGGCCUCUGUGAAUUAUUUGCCUGAGUCAUUUUCCAAAGAUAUAGGGUCCUUCCAGGUGUUGUUGUGCUUCCUUGUACACCACUACCUGUCAUGUGUACAGUUUCAUCCAGAAGGCUGUUAAUACCCACACAUGCAGCUUGAGGAGCAGGAAAGUUCUCUGUGCCUUUGUGGAAUUUGAUGCCCUGGGGUCAUAUCCCUACAGAGUUUUUCUGCAGUGAAAGCAAAAAUCAGGGAGUCAUUUAAUAAAAGAGACCUCAUUGAAUUUUUAUAUUUCAAGUUCAAAAGAGGUGUUAUGGGGUAUCCAGCUACCACAGGACAAAACUAAGUGUCAUAGAAGAGUACUUCGGAAGUAGUGGGCUACAAUAGGGAAGCAUCCUUCCCUUUUCAAGACAUUCCUCAAUUCUGUAUUAAUGACAAACAUGUAAAGGAAGUAAUUCUGCAACUCACAAAAUAAUUGCUUUUGAGAGAACAUAGAUCAGCAAAGCUGUUAUCAAAGAAGCAGCAGACAGUUGACCUUGACACAUUAGAAGCCUAUAAAAGCUUUAGGAGCAACAGCAACAGAAAAUCCAGAGUGAAGCAAGAUAAUUUGACCAGAUAUUGCCAGUGAAGAAAAAAGGCUUAAUUUUCAUAGGAACACUGCCUGUUUUGAGCUAUGUGUGUGAAAUCAGAGAAAAGUGAGAUCCAUGAGCUCAUUCAUGUGCUUUUUCAAUUAACUGUGCAGAUUCUCUUGUAUAAAUGCCCUCCAUCUGCAGUCUCAUCAUGGAAAUAAUAUUUCAGCAUAUCAGAAAUGAUGAUCCACCCACUCUACCACAUAUGUUGUUUUGUAAAAAAACCUGAAGACAACUCAGCACAAAAUUCUUUUGAACCCAAGAGUCUUAAUCUAGUCUUUUCUUUGCAGCAUAGUCUUUGCCAUUCUCUCAGGUCUCAUAGCAUCAAUCAGUGAUAGCUGGCAAUUCUGUCUUGUAGAUAAUGAAAUUUGACUCUCUUCUUUUCUCUCCUCUUCCUCUCUCCGUCAUGUCUGUCUCCCCCCUUUCAGUCUCUCUAUAAUACCCCUUUAAAGAACAGACCUCUUCCCACUUACACACUCUCUCUUGCAUCCUCUCUUAUCUCUUACUCCCCUUACCUUACUCUCUGUCAGGUCUGUCUCCCCACUUUCAGUCUCCCUAUAAUAAACUAUGGUUAAUGUGCAAAAAAGAUAAGGAAAUUUGAGGCCCAAGGAGGUGACAGUGACUUGUCCAUCAGAAGACCCUAAAAACAUAAAAAUCCAAGCUUGUAAACUACAGAUGGCUUUCUCUUGACCACACUGUCCCAAAGUAGUAGUGAAAAUGAAUCCCAGGGCUAGAGAGAUGUCUCAGCAGUUAAAAGUACUUGUAUUAAGUUCCCAGCACCCUUAUGGCAACUCACAACCAUCUAUAAGUGUAUACCAUGGGAUCUAAUGCCCCUUCUGAUGUGAAGAAGUACAUGCAGACACAAUACCCAUAUACAUAAAAUUCGUAAAUAAAAAAAAUCUUCAAAUGGAAAUAAACGCCAAAUGUGACUGGGGAUGUUUAGAAAUGGAAUUAAUAAAAACAUCAGUUUCAACAUUAGCAUUACCUGGAGACUUGUUAGAAAUGCAGAUUCUUAGGAUCCACCCUAGACAUCUGGAAUAUGAAAUCUGUAUUUUAACAAGACCCUAGAAGAGAUUUCUAUGCAUAUUAAAUUUUUUGAGAAACA